UCGAUGGUUCACUCUUUACUAUUUACUCUAACAGAUACGCUUAUAAGUUAUAACCCUCUCUUUUCAACUGUUUUGGGUUCCCAACUUCCACAGUUUCAUAGUAUUCCUCUCUUUCAGGGAAUCGAAAGUGAUCGGAUUGGACUUUGGAGCAAAAGCUCAGCAGACAGAUGAAGAUUCAGUGCGACGUGUGUAACAAAGAGGAGGCCUCCUUGUUCUGCACCGCAGACGAGGCCGCCCUGUGCGACUCAUGUGACCACCAGGUUCACCAUGCCAACAAGCUUGCUUCCAAACACCAACGUUUUUCCCUUAUCCAUCCUUCCUCUUCUAAACAAGUCCCUCUUUGCGAUAUCUGUCAGGAGAAGCGAGCUUUCUUUUUUUGUCAACAAGACAGGGCAAUCCUAUGCAGAGAUUGUGAUGUUCCAAUUCACUCAGCAAACGAACAUACCCAGAAACAUAACAGGUUUCUUCUUACAGGGGUUAAACUCUCCGCAACUUCUGCUCUCUACACAUCCUCCUCUUCAUCGUCCAUUGCUUUCUUAUCCAACGUUGGUGAUUCUGUUCCUGAAUGCAAAUCUCAACCUUUGGUUAAGAAUCCCGUCUCUGCUUCUCCAGCAAAUUUCAAUCCAUCUUCACUAGCUAAGUCUUCAUCCGUUAGUACAACUACAGCUGCAGCAGUAAUUAACAAGAGCAGUGGAGAUAACCUGUUAGCAGGUGAAGGGGGUGGUUCGACUAGUAGCAUAUCUGAGUACUUGAUAGAAGUGCUUCCAGGCUGGCAUGUUGAAGAUUUCCUUGAUUCCUCGUCACCUCCCUUUGGUUUCUGUAAGAGUGAUGAUAAUAUGUUGCCAUUUCUUGACACUGAUAUUGAGAGCCAUACGAGUACUUUCUCACCAGAGAGUUUAGGGCUUUGGGUUCCUCAGUCACCAUCUUGCCUGUAUCCUCCACAAUAUUCUUCACAAAUGGGAGGGCAAAUUGGGUUCAAGGAGACCAAGGAAAUCAUAGGCGCGAAAGCUAACAGGAGAUUGACAGAUGAUGCCUUUACAGUUCCACAGAUCUGCCCUCCAUCCGUUGGCUCCAAGAGAUCUAAGCCUCUCUGGUAAGAUCAGUUUUUCAAAAUACAAAUGCUUCGUAUUCUCUUAAAGUUUGACGAAGGGCUUAAGCCUCAAGUUCCCAUCUUUGCCUUUUCUUUGUAUUUUCCCAUUUCUUGCUAAGUUGAUUUCUGUUUGUUGUUUCUUUUUCCCUACUCGAAUAGGCAUGGUUUUGUUUGUAGUAUUUUCUUCCUUUCUCCCCUUUUUGUACUUGCAAAAUGCUACAACUUUGUAAAUAUCAAUUAAAAUUUUCAAAGUUA